CGGAUUUAUGGAGACACACCGAGAAUCGAUGGCACUUGUGCCGGCCGCCAUCUUGCGGUUGUGUGAGAGGAGAAGAGGAGCCGCAGGCAAGUUACCGAAAUAUAUCAAGCCGCAUUGCGGCAAUCAAUCUUCAAUUAAUACAGGUUGAGUUGAAUGAUUCAAAAUGUAUUUAUACAAUUUGACUCUACAAGGCUCUACAGCCAUUACACAUGCUGUUCACGGGAAUUUCUCCGGGACGAAGCAACAAGAAAUUGUAAUAUCCCGCGGGAAGAUCUUGGAAUUAUUACGACCUGACCCCAACACCGGCAAAGUGCACACCUUGCUGAAAGUGGAGAUUUUCGGCAUUAUCCGGUCGAUGAUGUCAUUUCGGCUUACUGGCGGCACAAAAGAUUACAUUGUGAUUGGAUCAGACUCCGGACGCAUCGUCAUCCUGGAAUAUAUUCCUGCUAAAAACAUCCUUGAGAAAGUUCACCAAGAAACCUUUGGCAAAUCUGGAUGUCGCAGAAUAGUCCCUGGACAGUAUUUAGCUAUUGACCCGAAAGGCAGAGCUGUUAUGAUUGGAGCCAUUGAAAAACAGAAACUAGUGUACAUAUUGAACAGGGAUGCCGAAGCAAGGUUGACUAUCUCUUCACCAUUGGAGGCGCACAAGUCAAACACACUGGUGUAUCAUAUGGUUGGAGUGGAUGUGGGCUUUGAAAAUCCCAUGUUUGCUUGCCUUGAGAUUGACUAUGAAGAAGCUGACUCUGACCCUACAGGUGAAGCUGCACAAAAGACCCAGCAGACAUUGACAUUUUAUGAACUAGACUUGGGCCUUAACCAUGUUGUAAGGAAAUACUCCGAGCCUCUAGAGGAACAUGCCAACUUCCUUAUUACAGUACCUGGAGGCAAUGAUGGUCCUUCUGGAGUACUCAUUUGCUCUGAGAACUACUUAACAUACAAGAAUUUGGGAGAUCAACAUGACAUUCGCUGUCCUAUUCCUCGCCGGCGUAAUGAUUUGGAUGACCCUGAGAGAGGCAUGAUAUUUGUAUGUUCCGCCACACAUAAGACAAAAUCCAUGUUCUUUUUUUUGGCCCAAACUGAGCAAGGAGACAUUUUUAAGAUAACCAUUGAAACAGAUGAUGAUAUGGUGACAGAAAUAAAACUGAAAUACUUUGAUACUGUUCCAGUAGCCACUUCUAUGUGUGUUUUGAAAACUGGAUUCCUUUUCGUGGCCUGUGAAUUUGGCAACCAUUACUUGUACCAGAUUGCACACUUGGGUGAUGAAGAUGAUGAACCAGAAUUCAGUUCAGCCAUGCCUUUGGAGGAGGGAGACACAUUUUUCUUUGCCCCAAGACCACUCAGAAACUUAGUGCUUGUGGAUGAGCUGGACUCACUUUCUCCAAUAUUAGCAUGUCAUGUAGCUGAUUUGGCUGGGGAAGAUACACCUCAAGUUUACUUGGCUUGUGGUCGUGGUCCCAGAUCAUCCCUGAGGGCCUUAAGGCAUGGUUUGGAGGUAGCAGAAAUGGCCGUGUCUGAGCUUCCAGGAUCUCCUAAUGCAGUAUGGACAGUCAGGAGACAUAAAGAUGAGGAAUAUGAUUCGUACAUCAUUGUGUCAUUCGUGAACGCCACGCUUGUGCUCUCUAUUGGCGAGACUGUCGAGGAAGUGACUGACUCUGGCUUCUUAGGCACGACGCCGACUCUAAGCUGCCAUGCGCUCGGAAAUGAUGCUCUAGUACAAGUAUACCCUGAUGGCAUCCGGCAUAUUCGUGCUGACAAGCGUGUCAACGAAUGGAAGGCUCCUGGCAAAAAGACCAUCGUAAAAUGCGCAGUCAAUCAGAGACAAGUAGUCAUUGCUCUUACUGGUGGUGAACUGGUCUAUUUUGAGAUGGAUCCGACUGGUCAAUUGAAUGAGUACACAGAGAAAAAGUUGUCAUCAGAUGUGUCAUGCAUGGCUUUAGGCUCUGUAGCUACUGGAGAGCAAAGAGCUUGGUUCUUAGCAGUGGGUCUCAAUGACAACACUGUCAGAAUCAUCUCCUUGGAUCCAUCGGACUGUUUAGCGCCAAGGUCAAUGCAGGCCUUACCCGCCGGUGCAGAGUCGCUAUGCAUAGUGGAACAACCAUUCGAGUCUGGUGCAAAAUCUGCUUUACAUCUCAACAUUGGUUUAAGCAAUGGUGUGUUACUCAGAACUACACUGGAUUCUGUCAGUGGAGAUCUAGCAGACACAAGAACAAGGUACCUGGGUUCAAGACCAGUUAAGCUGUUUAAAGUGAGAGUACAAGCAGCAGAAGCAGUGCUUGCUGUAUCAUCAAGAACAUGGCUUGGAUACCAUUACCAGAACCGUUUCCACCUGACGCCACUCUCUUAUGAAUGUCUUGAAUAUGCUGCAGGAUUCAGUUCAGAACAAUGCGCGGAAGGUAUUGUAGCGAUCUCCUCCAAUACGCUGCGAAUUUUGGCACUAGAAAAAUUGGGAGCAGUUUUCAAUCAAACUUACCUGCCACUGGAAUACACACCAAGAAAAUUUGUCAUCAACAGUGACAACAAUCAAAUUAUUAUUUUAGAGACUGAUCACAAUUCGUACACGGAAGAGAUGAAAAAACAAAGAAGGGUUCAAAUGGCUCAAGAGAUGCGCGAAGCGGCGGCCGGCGGAGGGCCCGAAGAACAGACUCUCGCCAACGAAAUGGCCGACGCUUUCCUCUCUGACGUGUUACCAGAAAACAUUUUCUCCUCCCCCAAAGCCGGCGCAGGCAUGUGGGCGUCGCAGAUCCGCGUGGUGGACAUGGGCGCGGGGUCGGGCGGCGCGCCGGGCACGGUGGCGCGGCUGCCGCUGGAGCAGAACGAGGCCGCUGUGGCGCUGUGCGUGGUGCGCUGGGCCGCGCACGCCGAGCACGCGCAGCCGCACCUCGUCGUCGGCGUCGCCAAGGACCUCGUGCUGUCGCCGCGCGCCUGCUGCGAGGGCAGCCUGCACGUCUACAAGAUCUACGCCAACACCGGCAAGCUGGAGCUCGUGCACAAGACGCCGGUCGACGAGUACCCGGGCGCGCUCGCCGCCUUCAACGGCAAGCUGCUCGUCGGCGUCGGCCGCAUGCUCCGCCUCUACGACAUCGGCUGGCGGAAGCUCCUCCGCAAGUGCGAGAACCGACACAUUCCCAAUCUCAUCGCGGACAUCAAGACUAUCGGCCAGAGAAUCUUCGUCUGCGACGUCCAGGAGUCCGUAUUUUGCGUCAAGUACAAGAAGCGGGAGAAUCAGUUGAUCAUAUUCGCCGACGACACGAACCCGCGGUGGAUCACCAACAGCUGCCUGCUGGACUACGACACGAUCGCGAUGUCGGACAAGUUCGGCAACGUCGCCGUCGUCCGGCUACCGCAGUCCGUGUCGGACGACGUCGAUGAGGACCCCACUGGAAAUAAAGCUCUUUGGGACAGAGGCCUUCUAAAUGGAGCAUCUCAAAAGGGCGAGAUAGUAGUUAACUUCCACGUGGGUGAGACAGUAACAUCGCUGCAGCGAGCGACUCUGAUCCCGGGCGGGUCGGAGGCGCUGCUGUACGCCACCGUCAGCGGCUCGCUCGGCGUGCUGCUGCCCUUCACCUCCCGGGAGGACCACGACUUCUUCCAGCACCUCGAGAUGCACAUGCGAAGCGAAAACCCGCCCCUUUGCGGACGGGAUCAUCUCUCCUUUAGAAGUUAUUAUUACCCAGUAAAGAAUGUGAUAGACGGAGACCUGUGCGAGCAGUUCAACUCACUGGAGCCCGCGAAACAAAAGGCGAUCGCCGGUGACCUGGAGCGAACGCCCGCCGAAGUCUCAAAGAAACUAGAAGAUAUUAGAACUAGAUACGCGUUUUAAGUUAUUUUUAUUGUGAUUGCAUUUCUAGAUAAGAAAUAAACUGUUAAGAAUA